CUGACAUGCAAUGGGAGGAGGAACAGUGAACAAAAGGGCAGGUCUUUGGGGAAAUGGACAAGUGGAGCAAAACCAACACAUGGGAUUAUCCCAAUGGCAUUCGGCUCACGUCAGCUGUUCCAGGAGCAGAUAUCAAAGUACUCAUAAAUUUCAAUGCACCAAAUCCUCAGGACAGGAAGAAGUUUACAGAUGAUUUGAGGGAAUCAAUUGCAGAAGUUCAAGAAAUGGAAAAGCACAGAAUAGAGUGUAAGUACAAAGCCGAGCUGGAGAAGCAGAAGGGGGUGGUGCGUCCCAGCAUGUCGCAGUGCUCCAGCCUGAAGAAGGACUCCGGGAACGGGACCCUGCCCCGGGCAUGCCUGGACGACAGCUACGCCGGCGGCGAGGGGCUGAAGCGGAGCGCGCUCAGCUCCUCCCUGCGCGACGUGUCCGAAGCAGACUAG